GCCCCCCCCGUCCCCACACACACCCGUUCAGAGCCACCUUAAAAGCAGGAGGCAGUUGUAAAGUCGCCGGCCAGCUAGUGGAGUGGAGACUGCAGAGGGAGAUAAAGAGAGAGGGCGAAGAGGCAGCAAGAGAUUUGUCCUGGGGAUCCAGAAACCCAUGGUACCCUACUGAACACCAAAUCCCCUGGAAGCCCACAGAGACAGAGACAGAAAGAGAAGCAGAGAUAAAUACACUCACGCCAGGAGCUCGCUCUCUCUCUCUCUCUCUCCUCCCUCCCUCUCUCUCUGCCUGUCCUAGUCCUCUAGUCCUCAAAUUCCCAGUCCCCUGCACCCCUUCCUGGGACACUAUGUUGUUCUCCGCCCUCCUGCUGGAGGUGAUUUGGAUCCUGGCUGCAGAUGGGGGUCAACACUGGACAUAUGAGGGCCCACAUGGUCAGGACCAUUGGCCAGCCUCUUACCCUGAGUGUGGAAACAAUGCCCAGUCGCCCAUAGAUAUUCAGACAGACAGUGUGACAUUUGAUCCUGAGUUGCCUGCUCUGCAGCCCCACGGAUAUGACCAGCCUGGAACCGAGCCUUUGGACCUGCACAACAAUGGCCACACAGUGCAACUCUCUCUGCCCUCUACCCUGUAUCUGGGUGGACUUCCCCGAAAAUACGUAGCUGCCCAGCUCCACCUGCACUGGGGUCAGAAAGGAUCCCCAGAGGGGUCAGAACACCAGAUCAACAGUGAAGCCACAGUUGCAGAGCUCCACAUUGUACAUUAUGACUCUGAUUCCUAUGACAGCUUGAGUGAGGCUGCUGAGAGGCCUCAGGGCCUGGCUGUCCUGGGCAUCCUAAUUGAGGUGGGUGAGACUAAGAAUAUAGCUUAUGAACACAUUCUGAGUCACUUGCAUGAAGUCAGGCAUAAAGAUCAGAAGACCUCAGUGCCUCCCUUCAACCUAAGAGAGCUGCUCCCCCCACAGCUGGGGCAGUACUUCCGCUACAAUGGCUCGCUCACAACUCCCCCUUGCUACCAGAGUGUGCUCUGGACAGUCUUCUAUAGAAGGUCCCAGAUUUCAAUGGAACAGCUGGAAAAGCUUCAGGGGACAUUGUUCUCCACAGAAGAAGGGCCCUCCAAGCUUCUGGUACAGAACUACCGAGCCCCUCAGCCUCUCAAUCAGCGCAUGGUCUUUGCUUCUUUUAUCCAAGCAGGAUCUUUGUAUACCACAGGUGAAAUGCUGAGUCUAGGUGUAGGAAUCUUGGUUGGCUGUCUCUGCCUUCUCCUGGCUGUUUAUUUCAUUGCUAGAAAGAUUCGGAAGAAGAGGCUGGAAAACCGAAAGAGUGUGGUCUUCACCUCAGCACAAGCCACGACUGAGGCCUAAAUUCCUUCUCAGAUACCGUGGAUGUGGAUGACUUCCCCUCAUGCCUAUCAGGAAGCCUCUAAAAUUGGGUGUAGGAUCUGCCCAGAAACACUGUAGAGUAGUAGGCAGAUGUCCUCCUUCCCCUGGACAUCUCCUACAGAGAGGAAUGGACCCAGGCUGUCAUUCAAGAACUGCAGAGCCUUCAGCCUCUCCAAACAUGUAGGAGGAAAUGAGGAAGUCGCUGUUGUUAAUGCAGAGAACAAACUCUGUUUAGUUGCAGGGGAAGUUUGGGAUAUACCCCAAAGUCCUCUACCCCCUCAUUUUAUGGCCCUUUCCCUAGAUAUACUGCAGGAUCUCUCCUUAGGAUAAAGAGUUGCUGUUGAAGUUGUAUAUUUUUGAUCAAUAUAUUUGGAAAUUAAAGUUUCUGACUUUAA